AUGUCAAAUGCUAAUAGUACAAGUAGCUCGAUAUCAAAUUAUCAAAUUACUUUAGCAUUUUUAAUGUCUUUACUAGCUUUUGCCACAAUGCUAGGAAAUGCUGUGGUUAUUUUAGCUUUUGUAGUGGACAAAAACCUUAGACAUCGAAGUAAUUUUUUUUUUCUUAACUUGGCCAUUUCUGAUUUCUUCGUGGGUGUGAUCUCCAUUCCUCUGUACAUCCCUCACACACUGGUUGGUUGGAAUUUUGGAAAUGAACUCUGUGUAUUUUGGCUCAUCAUUGACCAUCUUUUGUGUACAGCAUCUGUGUAUAACAUUGUUCUCAUCAGCUAUGAUCGAUACCAGUCCGUCUCUAAUGCUGUGUCUUAUAGAGCUCAACAUACUGGGAUUUUGAAGCUUGUCACUCAGAUGGUGGCCAUUUGGGUGCUGGCCUUCUUGGUAAAUGGGCCAACGAUUCUGGUUUCAGAGUCUUGGAAGAAUAAUACUUGGAAUAAUAAUAAUAAUAAGGAAUGUGAACCUGGAUUUUUUUUGAAAUGGUAUAUCCCCCUUAUUACGUCGUUCUUGGAAUUCCUGGUCCCAGUCAUCUUAGUUGCUUAUUUCAAUGUGCAUAUUUACUGGAGCCUUUGGAAGCGGGGUAAUCUUGGUAGGUGCCUCAGCCAUCCUGGACUCACCUCUGUCUCCUCCAGAGACUGCGGGCACUCAUCCAGACAUGGACUGUUUUCAAGGACAUCUCUUCCUGCAGGGAAGGACGCAACAUCAUCCUGUGGUUCAGAGAGACAAGGAAGAAACAACAGUCUCUUGUUUUCCUUCAGAACCCACGUGAAUAGCAAUACAACCACUUCUAAARCUAGUUCCCUCUCCAAAUCGGAUUCUAUAGCUCUUCACCAAAGAGAACACAUGGAACUGCUCAGAGCUAAAAAAUUAGCCAAGUCGCUGGCUAUUCUCUUGGGUGUUUUUGCCAUUUGCUGGGCUCCAUAUUCUCUGUCCACAGUUGUUCUUUCAGUUUACAAACCAGAGCUGCGUUCGAAAUCKGAUUGGUACAGAAUUGCAUUUUGGCUGCAGUGGUUCAACUCCUUUGUCAAUCCCUUUUUGUAUCCAUUGUGUCACAGGCGUUUUCAGAAGGCUUUCUUAAAAAUAUUUUGUAUGAAAAAGCAAGGGAUACCAUCACACAAUCGGUCAACAUCCUCUUGA